CCCUAAACCCUAAACCGCAUUGAAUCGAAAUAUUCUCCGUGUGAAUCGGCGUUCUUCCUCCAAUGGCUUCACCCACUCUCAAGCGAUGGCUCAGGCCUGAGGUUUAUCCUUUGUUCGCGGCCGUCAGAGUGGCUGUUGGGAUUUGCGGAAUGCAAUUGGUCCGAAAUAUUUGUACCAAUCCUGAAGUCAGGGUGACCAAGGAAAACAGGGCUGCUGGUGUCUUGGAUAACUUUGCCGAAGGGGAAAAGUAUGCUGAGCAUGCUCUUCGGAAGUUCGUCCGGAACAAGUCUCCUGAAAUCAUGCCUACCAUCAACGGCUUCUUCACUGAUCCUAAAUACUGAUUUGGUGAAAAUUAUGAUAUUUUUACAUAUGAUUGAACUUAAUCCUAUAUGUGAUUGGAUACAACAUCAAAUUCGAAAAAUUGCAACUGACUGGAAAUUCAAUAUGAUGUCUUCAUCAUUCAACAA